GACAAGGCUAUGCUAGCAGGCCCAUCCACUUCACAGACGGAAACAGAUCAAGUUGUGGUCCAGCGAGAGUUGGCCUAUGGCCUGCGGAGGAGUUGCCACUGUAACCCUGGCACCCAGACCAGCCUCCUUUGCGCCCGGGUCUGUUUACCUUCAAACGUGAGGUGGAGCGGAGAUUUGCCAUCGAGGCUUGGAACUCUGGAUUCCCGGUCACCUCCCUUGUCCGGCUCCUCCCGGAUGGAACAAGAAGACAAACACGGUGUGUGUGAAGGCCCGGACUCAGAAGAUACAGGAAUGGGCUCUGAUUUUGAGAACUCCGAGGACAGGGAAGGGGACCCAGACGAGAGAGAAAUGGGUUCCAACGCACAGGACGCAGACAAGAGAGGCGGCCACCCGGAGCAGGAGAUGGGCUCGGACCCACGGGAGGAGCGGGAACUGGUGUCUGACAUCUGCACAGAGGGGCUGCUGAGUGAGGAAGAAGUUCUGCGGGAGGAAGAGGAUGGCCAGUCUGGAGUCGCUGCGGUGGCCGUGUUCCCGGGACUGUCCGAGUCCCGCGGCACAUCCCGGAGCCCCCGGGAAGAGGAGGAGCCGCCGCCCCCACCGGUGCUUCCCUGGCGGCGGCACCUCUCCCUGGGGAGUCGGCACGCGGGCGACAAGCCGGCCCCCCGCCGCUUCCGCCGGCUCCACCACCCCAUGGCCGUGGACCUCGGGGAGCUGGACAGCCUGAUGGCCAGCAUCAUGGACGCGCCCACCAUCUGCCCCGACUGCGGGGAGAGCUUCAGCCCGGGCGCCGCCUUCCUGCAGCACCAGCGCAUCCACCGCCUGGCGGAGGCGGCGGCCGCGGCCCGCCUGGAGCCCUUCGGCCUGGCGGGGGAGUGCGGCGCGGUGGUGGGCGUGGCGGGGGGCUUCGGGCCGGGGCCCGCCUUGGCCCGGCCGCCGCGCGAGAAGCCCUUCCGCUGCGGGGAGUGCGGCAAGGGCUUCAGCCGCAACACCUACCUGACCAACCACCUGCGCCUGCACACGGGCGAGCGGCCCAACCUGUGCGCGGACUGCGGCAAGAGCUUCAGCUGGCGCGCCGACCUGCUCAAGCACCGGCGGCUGCACACGGGCGAGAAGCCCUACCCGUGCCCCGAGUGCGGGGAGGCCUUCAGCCUCAGCUCGCACCUGCUGAGCCACCGGCGCGCGCACGCGGCGGCCAGCGGCGCGGGGCCGGCGGCGCUGCGGCCCUUCUCGUGCGGCGAGUGCGGCAAGGGCUUCGUGCGCCGCUCGCACCUGGCCAACCACCAGCGCAUCCACACGGGCGAGAAGCCGCACGGCUGCGGCGAGUGCGGCAAGCGCUUCAGCUGGCGCUCGGACCUGGUGAAGCACCAGCGCGUGCACACGGGCGAGAAGCCCUACAUGUGCUCCGAGUGCGGCGAGACCUUCAGCGUCAGCUCGCACCUCUUCACGCACAAGCGCACGCACUCGGGCGAGCGGCCCUACGUGUGCCGCGAGUGCGGCAAGGGCUUCGGCCGCAACUCGCACCUGGUCAACCACCUGCGCGUGCACACGGGCGAGAAGCCCUUCCGCUGCGGCCAGUGCGAGAAGCGCUUCAGCGACUUCUCCACGCUCACGCAGCACCAGCGCACGCACACGGGCGAGAAGCCCUACACGUGCAUCGAGUGCGGCAAGAGCUUCAUCCAGAGCUCGCACCUCAUCCGCCACCGCCGCAUCCACACGGGCAACAAGCCGCACAAGUGCGCGGGCUGCGGCAAGGGCUUCCGCUACAAGACGCACCUGGCGCAGCACCAGAAGCUGCACCUGUGCUAGGGCCGGGCGCAGGGGGCCGCGCUCGCGGGAGCUGGCCUGGCGGGGUGUAAGUAUCCCGGGGGCAGGCCCUGCAGAAAGGCAUGGGAAGGGCGGGAGGGACAAUCUGAGAGUGACGGGGGCGCUUUUGGUGUUAGGGAGCGUUAAGAGGUGUUUUUUCGGUGCUACGACGUUUUGGGGACAACGAAGGAAUGUUUUGGAGAUGUGAUUGGGCCUGCUGACUCCCUCCAACACUAGUCUAGGAGCUAAGCGGGCACUUUGAGGACCCUGAGGAAGUGGGGUUCGGGUGGGGGAGGAACAGGGUGGCAGGCCAAGAGUAGGUUGGGCUGCGAUGUUCUGUGGGAAUCAGGAGAGCGUGUGGUUGGAGUGAGAGUCAUGGGGUACAAGAAAAGGUGGGUGUGAAUAAUUCUAUCCUGGUUGUACCAGGUGUGAAGCCACGGUUUGCCCUGCCCCCCGCCCCCCACCUCAGCUCGAGUCCCAGGAAAAGCAGAGGAACCCUGCCAUCCUGCGGGAGGAUAUACCGGACGCUCUCCUGUCUCUGAGCCACAGUUAGCCGCUGUUUCGGGGCAUCCAGGGGAAGCUGGGCAGAAAAGCUGCACACCCUCACUUCAAAGGUGAAACUCAGACAUGCACUCAUAACUGGUUUUCAGAUCUAGGGAAUCUGGUUCUUUGCUGUUUCCUUUGAAACGUCCGGGUUUCCUGCUGGGCCAAGGUGGUCUGUGGUGAGCAGGCCCUGCCCCCAGGGCCAGGUGUGCGCCUGGCUCCGUGUUUCUUUCAGGUCUCACUCGUGACCUUCUGCCUGCAGGGACAUGGAACCGUCCCAGCUCUGGGCGCCUUUCCCUUUCCCGGGUCAGCUGGGUGCUUAUUUCAAGUGAACCUCAGACCAUCACAGUGGCCCCGUGACCAGCUUACAAAAGUCAGCCCGCUCAAGAGCUUUGCAAAAUUCACAUGUUGGGGUGCAAGGCUCCUUUGUCUCAUUUGCAUUUGCUUUGUACCCCCUCCCCUGUAGUGAUGGGGGAGCUCAUGGAACCCCCACCUUCACUCCUGUUGACCUGGGCUCUGGUCUGAGUAGAAACUUUUUUUUUUUUUUACACGAAGGCACAGUAGAAAGCCCCAGGCUUUAUACAAGGAGGGCACAAGCAGGGAGAGGUGUAAAUGCAAAACUGCCAAGUAGCACAAGCAGUGAAUGUUUCCUGGUGGUUCUACAAAUGCCAAACUAGCACUUUUAUAUUUGUAAAGUGCUUUAUGCUUUUUAAUGAUUGUCAGUUGCUCCUCAGAUCUCUGUGAGGUGGAUCAGUGUUAUGGCCCCAUGUCUUGGGGAGGGCCUGGGCACAAGAGUGCCGAAGGCUGCUCUGAGGAGAGGCUGUGACAGUGUGGACAGCUGUGGUCUGACCUUUUGUGCUCUCAGCUGCUAGGAAGACUUACCGUUGUGAUUUAUAUAACGAAACAAGGACACUGAACAUGCGUAUGCGUGACGGGACACUGAAGGCUAGUCUGGAAGGGCCACAGAUGUCCUCACCGACAAAGCUGGUCUUUGUCGCAUCCGUAGGGUGGCCUCGGCAUGCUACGUGUCCUGGGGGGCUGUGGUUAGAUGACUCUGGUGUAGAUUUCAGUUCCCUGGGCUGAGCCCCUCCCCUGGGUUAGCCUCUAGAAGUCAGAGUGGUGGGAAGCAGCCUUGUUUUCUCACUGGUGAUGGGUACCCGUACUUUUCACGGAAACAUCUUCACAGACUGUUGGAUACACGUGAAGGGAAGACAACCACAAGGUUGUUUUUACAAUUCAGCACAUUUUCUGGGGAUGCCGGUCAUUGAUACUUGAUUUGUUGUGUUCUAGCAAAGACCCUCCUUGGGGGGGCUGUAGGGAAGCAUGUUCGUGUCAUUAUAAAAACACCUUUUUAAAAGAAUCCUGAGAACUCUGGGCUUGUGUGAUGCUUGUCGAUCUUGCCCUCUUAAUCAGGGGAUUGUUAUUCACAAAUGCAACUAGAUUUUCAAAAUAUAGUUUUGGAAGACACGGAUUGUUCUUUUAAAAUUUUCUUAAAGCAAGUGUCAUUAUUUAUUCUGAAUUGUAUAGUCUAUGAAGUGUAUGAGACUCACCUGAAAAUAAUAUGGCCCAUUUGUAGGUAAUCUUGUUCCUUUUUCCAUGCACAUCUACCUCUCCCGGCUGUUUUAGGUUCUCUCAAGUCUGUGCCUAUGAAAUCGCAUCGAACGUUUGCUUCUUCAUGGGUUGACUCUCCACUUCAUGGGUUACUUGGCCUUUUGCUGCCAUUUGCACAGUCGGGUCCGCGUCAAUUACGUUACCUGUUGGCAGCUUUUGAGAAAGGCUGCAAGGGGAAGAGGAGGUGGAAGUUAAUGUAAUUUAGAGGCAGUGGGAAUCUUUGGGGUUCAUUGACCUCCCUUGUUCUUUCUGUUCCCGUGGCUAAGAAGAGACAGCUACUGCUCCCGGGUCCCCUCCGCGAGCAGACCAUCAGCACCCACUCUGACGGUGCAUCGCAAAUGUGAUUCCAUUUUUCUUACAAUUCUUCAGGGAACAUAAUCUGCAUUGAGUGAAAUGAAAUGCGUUCAGGGGUUGGUUUCUUGGAUUUACUUUUAAAAUAAUAAUGUUUCUCAAGCAAACCCUGUUACCUGUGGUUCACCCUUACAAAUGUUCAUCGGAAGACUCCGUCUACCAGCUCAUUACGGAAGCUGGAGGCAAGUGUAUCAUUUGCUUCCUGGGAGUAUGGUCCAGUGCAGGCUGCGCUUUGCUGAGCAGAAUCCGGUGCAGAUUAAACAGGUGAAAUGGCUUGCUGCCAUCGGGAGCUCCGAGUUGGAAGGAGAUGACUGGUGAACCCCUUGAGCCGUGUGGCUGUCCAUAUGUGAAAAGUGCAAAUGAAGAACCUGUGUUCACAGACCAUCGGAACUGAGCUUCUGAAGUUUGUGCGCCCCUCCCUUCACUGUGAUGUUACUUUACAGCUGAUUGUUCAAAUAGUGAAUAAUUUAAUGACCCUAAAAGUAACUGGUUUUGUGUGUGUGCUUGUGUAUGUGAGAACUGCCUUAUUUUCCCCGGUUGUUUUAUUUAAUGAUGGCUCCCUGGACAGCAUUCUGGCGUUCAAGCAGCCGGUAUGGAAUAUGUGUCAUUAAAUCCAUGUCAGUCUUUCACUGUGA